GCCGGCGAUGAAACGAUGUCUCUGGAGUUGGAGAACUCGGCCCCGCUGAGCUUGUAUGCGAAGUGCCUGGGUCCCGACUGCAAGCAGAUCGCGGUCUCGUUGCUGGUGAACAUCGAGCCAGCCAUUAGCGCGCUUGAGGGCGCGCCUCUAGUUGACAGGAGCGCGCCUCGAAUUGCCAUUCAGAUCGAGGCAGUGGAGGCCCUCAAAGUGCUGGGUGCCCGUCACUCCGAACGUUCGCUGAAGGCCCUGGCACCAAGGCUGGUUUCACACUCUGCAGACCUUCGGAAAGCUGUGCUUAGCGCCAUACAGCAGGGGUGGAGCUCAGAUGACGAGGAAU